AUGGGUUCGCUGGGUACUCCAAGAGACAUGCAUGACUAUGUAGUGGCGUCUCGUUAUUUGGGCGUUUCUAUUCUCUCUUUUUUGUUUUGUUUGGCUUCAAUAUUUGCAUGGGCUUCUUCAAGAUAUGUCCCUUCAGUGAAGAUUUUUGAUGUCAUGGACUUUGGAGCAGUUGGAGAUGGCAAAACUGAUGACUCUCUGGCAUUCUUGAAAGCAUGGGCUAGGGCUUGUAAAAGUACUGCACGUUCCACCUUAAGCAUUCCAGACAAGACCUUCUUGUUGAACCCAUUGAAAUUUUUUGGUCCAUGCAAAUCAUCUAAUAUUACUGUCCAGAUUUCAGGAAAGCUAACAGCUCCAAGUGAUAUAUCAGAAUGGAAAGUUUCUGAAAGAGAUUUCUGGAUUCAAUUUGGUUUUAUUUAUGGACUAACAAUCACUGGAUCAGGAUCUGCCCAGAUUGAUGGACGUGGUUUGUCCUGGUGGAAUUGCAAAAAUGAUAAAAAGUGCUUGAAAGUGCCCAAUUUUUACCCUAACUUUUCUGAUCUGUUACUGCAGACAUUGGUAAUCAACAAUACAAUUGGUCUUCGAAUGAAUGGUUUGAAAUUCAUUGACAGCCCAAGAAUGCAUUUGGUAAUUGGACACUCUAGUUGGGUUCAGGUUUCACAAUUGUAUAUUGUAGCACCUGAGGACAGUCCAAACACAGAUGGUAUACAUGUAACUCAUAGUAAACAUGUUGAGAUCACAGACUCAAUCAUAGGAACUGGAGAUGAUUGUAUUUCAAUUGAAACCAGAAGCAUCGACGUGAAUAUUAGUCGAAUUAAAUGUGGCCCGGGACAUGGCAUAAGUAUUGGAAGCUUAGGGGAUGAUGUAGCAAAAGCAAUAGUUGAAAAAAUUCAUGUCUCGAAUUGUCAGUUCGUUGGGACGAUGAACGGGGCACGGAUAAAGACAUGGCAGGGUGGAACUGGUUUUGCUAGAGGGAUCACAUUUGUGGACUUCACUAUGACUGCAGUUGACCAUCCUAUUGUCAUUGAUCAGUACUACUGUAAUGGUGGACACAAUUGCACAAACCAAUGUGUUGGUGAUCUUCAACAAAUUCUUAUCACGAAUGCAAAGACAUUGGCUGUUCAAGUAAGCAAUGUUAUGUUCUCCAGGAUAAAAGGGUCUUCCACAAGAAAAGUCGCCAUUGAUCUUGCAUGUAGUGAGACUGUUCCUUGCACAAACAUCUAUUUAGAGGAUAUUGUUCUGAGAAGUACCACUCCAGGAAAUGAGACAACUGCUUAUUGUGAUUCUGUAUAUGGAACUGCAUCUUCUGUCGAACCAUUUGUCAAAUGCCUAGCAUAG